AUGACGAACAUGCUUCCUGUCGGCGUCUACGGACUCAAAGUCCCGGCAGGGGAUGUAUUGAUUCCCGCAACAGCCAAUCUUCCCGCAACAUUCCGGAUCACAAUGGCGGCAAUUGAUCCAAGCGCAAAGCCGAAAACUAUCAGAGGUGCCGGCAGUGACGCCUCUCAUCGAACAACAUUGAAGAUGGCCUACGACAUGUCCGCUCCACGAGACGAUGAAUCAGAAGCCUCCGAUGACGAGGACGAAUAUAUUCGAGCGUUACAAGACGGCGUCGAAUCAGAUGGUCUGAGUGAUGAGGAUGACGAAGACGAAGAAAGCUCGGACGAUGAAGAGCAAAAUGGAGGCCCGAGCGAUCCUUCGAAAUCAAAGAAAGCCCGCAAAGAGGCUGCAGCGCAAAGUCUCCUAAAGGCACUGAAGGAGCAGGACAGUGCCGAUGAGAGCGAUGGUGACAUGGAUGUGGAUAAUUUGCCCAAAGUUAACGGAGUGAAUGGGAAAUCUGAAGCUCAUAAAGGUAAGGGCAAGGCCAAGGCCGAGAUUAAUGAUAUAAUCGGAGGAGAAGAUGAGGAAGACAGUGAAGACAUCAACGAGUCUACAGAUGGUAUGCAAGAGGUUGUACUCUGCACGCUAGAUACCCAGAAGACCUAUCAGCAACCAAUCGACAUCACGAUUCCCGAAGGUCAGCCGACAUACUUCUCAGUAACGGGUUCACACGCAGUCUACCUUACUGGAAACUAUGUGGUUGAUCCCGACGCGGGCAAUUACCGUGACGGUGACAGCGAUAGCGAGGGAGAAUACGACCUUUCACCUGAUGAGGACGAGCUGGAACUUGAAGGCGAAGAUGAGAGCGACCAGUUGGACGACUUAGAAGAUCCAAGAAUUACUGAACUAGAUUCGGAGGACGAAAAUGAAGCACCUCAACUAGUCAAACAGGUUAACACCACCGACAAAACUGCUAAGAAAGGUAAAAAUAAGCGACCAGUAGAGGAAUCAGAAGAGGAGCCAAAGGCUGGGGCAAGCCUUGACGACAUCAUGGCGAAAUCGCUCAAAGCCGAAGGGCCUAAGGUCAAUGGUGAGCAAAAGCUCAGCAAGAAACAGCUCAAAAAGUUGAAAAACAAUGCUGGCAAAGCGGUCGAAACCUUGACAGAAGGCAAUGAGGCGAAGAACGACGAUGAAACCGGCAAAGGGGACAAGAAAGUUCAAUUUGCCGCGAAUCUUGAACAAGCGCCAAAUUCUUCACCUUCAACGGUCAAGCCCGAUGUCAAUGGCAAUGCCAAGGCUCAAAAGAAGAAAGAAGGGGACAAGCAGAAAGCUAAUUUGGGGGUGAAGAUUGUCCAGGGGGUCAAAAUUGACGACAGAAAACUUGGAGAGGGUUCUGCAGCAAAGAAAGGUGACAGACUUAGCAUGCGUUAUAUUGGAAAAUUGAGUGACGGCAAAGUAUUCGAUUGUGAGCAAGCUCUCAGCAUAUGCAAAACACUAGCUGAUCGAUUAUCUCUAGCAAACACCAAGGGCUCUCCGUUCUCAUUCAAGCUCGGCGCAAACCAGGUCAUCAAAGGAUGGGACAUCGGUCUCAUCGGGAUGAGCAUCAAGGGCGAACGCCGUCUUGUGAUACCAGCCCAGCUUGCCUACGGAAGCAAAAGCCAAAAGGGAAUUCCGGCCAAUUCGGAGCUGACGUUUGACAUCAAGCUCCUUUCUAUUAAUUGA